AUGGGAGACUUUAAAGGAGAAGAUGAUAAUUAUGAUUAUGAUGAAGGUAUCCCAUUAUUUAAUCAAGUUAUCUUCACCAAUAGUUAUAAUAACUCAAAAGUAGUUUUAGAUGAUAACCAAGAUGAUAUAAUUUUCAUCACACCACCAUCACCACCACCAACAUUACAAACAAAAAAACAAUGCGAAAAGGGAUGUUGUGGUGAAAAGAAAUCAUUAUUAACAAACAAUGAUGAAGAUAGGGACAAAGACGAGGAUGAAGAAGAAGAUGAUGAUGAUGGUGUUCCUAAAAAUUACAAAUCAAAUUCUAAUGUUGGGUCAAUUGUUUCAUUGGAUAUGGAUAGUUUAAACAGUGCCAUCAUUAUGGAGCCAAACUUUCAAAAAGAUUAUACCAUUUCUUCACCAGUGGUAACAACAACAACUACAACAACUACAACAACUACAUCCAAUGACAAUUGUAAGAAAGGUUGUUGUCCAACUCCAUCCGAUGAUGAAAAAAUGAUCACCAAGGAUGAUAAAGGUAGUUGCAAAAAAGGAUGUUGCUCAUCAUCAUCAAAAACAACUGAAACCAAUGAUAUUGGUUGUAAAAAGGGAUGUUGUCCAACUGAACAACCAAAACAACAAGUAGAAUCAACCAAAACAUACUGUUGCAACAUUUGUGUAACAGGCCAUUGCUGUAAAGUUGAUUGUUGUAAACAAGUUUGUUGUUUAACUUAUAGUGUAGGAGUACCAAACUUUAGUUUUAUGCGUUCAUCCUCAUCAUCAGAUGACAAUAACAAUGAUUACAAUAGUGAUCAACAAAGAAAGAAACGUAUCUUUGCAACAAUGUUUUCUAAAACUUGUGGAACAUUUGGAUUUAAAGUUGGCUAUAGUGAAUUGAAUGAAGAUAAGGUGGAUAUUGAACAACAAGAAGAAAGGGAUAAUAAAGGAUUAUCCACAAAUAAUAAUGUAUCAAUUGAAUUAUUACCAAUAACAACAACAAAUAAUUUUAAAAAUUCAACAGGUAUAAAAUCAUCUCAAUCAUCAACAUUAUCAAAAUCAUUAGAAAAAGUUGAAUUACAUUUAAUGAUUUCAGGUAUGACAUGUGCAGAUUGUGUAACUACAUUAGAACAAAAAAUGAAAUCAUUAUCAGGUGUAAAUGAAAUUCAAACUAGUUUAUUCACUGGUAAAUGUAAGAUUAAUUAUUCACCAAUGAUUAUACAACCACAACAAAUCUUACAAGUUAUUGAAAAUAUUGGAUUUGUUGGUAAACAAGUUCAUGGUCAAUCAUCAAAUUCAAAUCAAAUUACAAUUGAAAUCAUAUCAUUAUCACCAACUUCAACAUUAACAACAAUAUUAAAUGAUCAAUUAAUUGAAAAUAUUAAAUUAUCAAUUGAUGGUGUUUUAGAUGCUAUCGAAGAAUCUGGUUCGGUUAAUGAUAAACUUACAAUUGUUUAUGAUACUGAUAAAAUUGGACCACGUAAUCUAUUAAAAGAAAUCCAACUUAUAUUUGGUGAUAAUUUUAAAAUUCAACCAAAUACAAAAUUAAAUAAUAAUAAUAAUUCCAAUAAUAAGAAUAAUAAUUCAAAAGAUAAUAAUAAUAAUAACUUAAAAUCAUUAUUAAUGUUUUGUAUUUUAUUAUUUAUACCAACAAUUUUAAUUUCAUAUAUUUUUCCAAAUAUUAAAUCAGUUAAAGAAGUUAUGGAAUUUGAAAUUGGUAAAGGUAUUACAAUGUCAAUUUUAUUAUUAUUAUCAUUUGCAACACCAAUUCAAUUUUAUUGUGGUAAACCAUUGUAUAUUUCAGCUUGGAAAACUUUGAUUUAUGCAAGAAAAUGUAGUAUGGAUUUAUUAGUUAUGACAAGUAGUACGAUUGCUUACUUUUAUUCUCUAAUUAAUUUAAUUUUAAAUCAUUUCUCCUCAUUGAAUUAUAAUGGUCCAAUUUUCUUUGAAACUUGUGUUAUACUUUUAACAUUAAUUAUUCUUGGUAGAUAUUUAGAACACUUAGCAAAAUCAAAAGCAUCAAAUGUAUUAGUCGAAAAAAUGAAACAAUUAGAUUCAUCAAAUGCAAUUCUAUUAUCAAAUAAUAAUAAUAAAGAUGUAGGUAGUGAACAAGAAAUAAUGAUUGAAAAAGAGUUAAUUGAAAAAGGUGAUAUUUUAAAAGUAUUACCAUUUACAAAGAUUCCAACUGAUGGUAUUAUAAUUAGAGGUAAUGGUGGAUAUAUUGAUGAAUCAAUUAUAACUGGUGAAGCAAAUCAUGUCUAUAAGAGAAUUGAUGAUUACGUUUUUGGUGGAACAAUGAAUCAAAAGGGUUGUUUAAUUAUUAAAGUUACAAAACAUUCAAAUGAUACAGCAUUAUCAAAUAUUAUUAAAUUGGUUGAAGAGAGUCAAUCAAUUAAACCAAACUUUCAAAACUAUGCAGAUUUAGUUGCAUCUUAUUUCGUACCAACCAUAUUAAUAUGCUCAAUAAUUACAUUUAUAGUUUGGUUUUGUUUAAUUCACUAUAAUGUUGUCAUUGCCACUGAUAAUCAAUCAGCAUUCACUUUUGCAAUUAAAAUUAGUAUGUCAUUAAUGGUAAUUUCAUGUCCUUGUGCGAUCUCAUUAGCAACGCCAACAUCAAUUAUGGUUGGUAGUGCAAUUGGUGCAAAGAAAUUUGGUAUUCUAUUCAAAGGUGGUGGUCAAGUAAUUGAAUUGGCAAGUAAAGUCAACAAGGUCAUAUUUGAUAAAACUGGUACUUUAACAACUGGUGAAAUCGAUAUAAAUCAUUUCUCAAUAUAUGAUCAAUCAAUUUCACCAAAACAAUUCUUUUUCUAUACUGCAUCCGCUGAAUUAUCAAGUGAACAUUUAAUUGGUAAAUCAAUUAAACAAUAUGCAAUUCAACAAUUCACUUUAGAAAAAGCACUACAAGAACCAACAAAUAGUGAAGUUCAUCCUGGAAAAGGUAUUAUUUCUUUUAUUAAUAAUAAUAAAAUUAUGGUUGGUAAUCAAUCUUUUAUUGUUGAACAAUUAUCAAAUAAUAAUAAUAAAAUUGAUUCUUGUCAAUCACCAUUACAAUCAAGUCAAUUAAUUAAUUCAAAAUCUGAUGAUUGUAAGAAAGGUUGUUGUCUAUCAUUACCACCACCACCACCACCACCAACUUCUAUUAGCAAUGGCAGUGAAUGUAAGAAAGGUUGUUGUCCAGCAGCAGCAGCACCACCAAUUUCUACUGGCAAUGGUAGUGAUUGUAAGAAAGGUUGUUGUCCAUCAUUACCACCACCACCACCAACUUCUAUUAGCAAUAGCAGUGAUUGUAAGAAAGGUUGUUGUCCAGCACCACCACCAACUUCUAUUAGCAAUGGUAGUGAUUGUAAGAAAGGUUGUUGCUCUUCGUCAUCAUCACAACUAUCAAAAAGUCAAUCAAAGGAAGUUAUAAUUAAUUCAGUGAUUCAAAAUGAUAUUGAUAAAUUAGAGAAUCAAGGGAAAACAGUAAUUUUAGUAUCAAUGAAUGAGAAAAUUAUUGGAUUAGUUUCAUUAUCUGAUAAAUUGAAACCAGAAGCAAAAAAAGUAAUUUCAAAAUUAAAAAAUAAUGGUAUUGAUGUUUGGUUAGUUAGUGGUGAUAAUAAAAGAGCAACUCAAUCAAUUGGUGAACAAUUAAAUAUUAAUUCGGGUAAUAUUAUUGGUUCAGCAUUACCAAUUGAUAAAUUCAAUAUCGUUAGAAAAUUACAAGGUUAUAAUACAACUGAAGAUAAUUGUUGUGGUACUGAUGGUGGUGAUGGUUUUAAUGGUGCCAGUGUUGGUUGUAGUGGCAGUGAUAAUAAUAGUAAUAAUGGUAAAAAUAAAUCAAUUGUUGUAAUGGUUGGUGAUGGUGUAAAUGAUUCAUUAGCUUUGGUUCAAUCAGAUAUUGGUAUUUCAAUUUCAAAUGGUACAGAUAUUGCAAUUGAAUCAUCAAGUGUUAUAUUACUAAAAAAUGAUUUAAAUGAUAUUUUGGUUUGUUUUGAUUUAUCAAAAUCAAUUUUCAAAACUAUUAAAUUUAAUUUAUUUUGGGCAUUCAUCUAUAAUCUUUUAGGUAUUCCUCUUUCAAGUGGUAUUUUAUAUCCAUGGUUUACAAUUCCACCUGCUUUGGCCGGUUUAUCUGAAUUAUUAUCUUCACUACCAGUAGUUUUAUUUUCUUUAACUUUAAAUAACUAUAAAUAUCAAAAUAAGAAUUAA